AUGUGGCUGUCGCCGGCGGCGGCGGCGCUCGCGCUGUCGCUGUGCCUCUGGCCGGAGCCCGGUGCGGGCGCCGAGCAGGACCUGACCGUGGUGCAGACGUCGGAGGGCGUGCUGCGCGGCCACAUGAUGACGUCGUUCGGCGGCCGGCUCUUCAUCGCGUUCCGCGGCGUGCCGUACGCGCGCCCCCCCGUCGGCGUGCUGCGCUUCCGGCCGCCGGAGCCGCCCGUGCCCUGGACCGGCAUCCGCUCCGCCAAGUACGAGGGCUCCGUCUGUCCGCAGCUGCUGGUGACGACUGACAUGUUCGCGGGCGACGAGGACUGCCUGUACCUGAACGUGUACACGCACAAGGACGCGAACAAGGUGCCGGUGCUGGUGUGGCUGCAUGGCGGCGGCUUCCACGCGGGCGAUGGCGGCGUCGAGGAGAACGGGCCCGAGUACCUGAUGGACCAGAACCUGGUGCUCGUCACGCUCAACCACCGCCUCGGCGUGCUCGGCUUCCUCAGCACCGGCGACGCAGAGCUGCCCGGCAACUACGGCCUCAAGGACCAGGUGAUGGCGCUGCAGUGGGUGCAGCGCAACGUGGCCGAGUUCGGCGGCGACCCGUCGCGCGUGACGCUGUACGGCGCCGGGUCGGGCGGGGCGUGCGCGCAGUACCACAUGCUGAGCCCGCUCUCGGCCGGCCUCUUCCACCGCGUCAUCGCGCAGAGCGGCUCCGUGCUCAACCCCUGGGCGCUGCAGCGCAAACCCAUCCGGAACGCGCAGAAGCUGGCGCAGUUGGUAGGCUGCUCGUCGUGGGAGACCUCGCUGCAGAUUCGCCACUGCCUGUCGGCGGCGCCGGCCGAGCAGCUGGUGCGCACGCUGUACCACUUCCCGCACUGGGCCGUGCGCUUCCCCAUCCCCUGGGCGCCGGUCGUCGAGGCCCCGGGCGACCGCAAGGCCUUCCUGCUGGGCGAGCCCGAGAACCUGCUGCGCGACGGCUUCGUCAACUACGUGCCGCUGAUCGCCGGCAGCUCGCUCGAGGAACACGCCGCACUCGCCACGCUGGUCGAGUCGCGCCAGGACCUCAAGAACGAGCUGCUCAACGACUUCGACGGCGUCAUCCGCAGGGCGCUGCACCUGCACCACUUGCGGGCCGACCUGCUGCGGCGGCUGCGCGACUUCUACCUGGGCAGCGGCGCGUCGGGCAGCCUGAACCGCCAGGGGCUGGCCGACCUGUUCUCGGACGGGAUUGGCUACAACCGAAGUCGCACUCGCCAAGGUGAAAGAACUGUGGCGGCAGCGGUGUUGAGAGCUACUUGGGUACGCAACGUUCCGGGCAAUGCUCUCGAGAAGGCCCACUGCUCCGACGUCCGCGCCCGGACACACAGACUGCAGGAGAGCCUGGCCAGCGAUGAGCCCAAAGCUGCCCUCACUCCAGGAAGCAGCAGAGGACGGUGA